GUCUCCGCCUUCACAACAUAAAAGCCGGACGCGCAGAAUCAGUAGGUCUUCUCCCGCAUCUAACGGAGCAACUGCAGGCAGACACCCAACCAGAGCUUCAUUGUCAAAAUCAUGGCUGAGCUAAAGGAACGCACAUUCCUCGCCAUCAAGCCCGAUGGCGUGCAGAGAGGUCUCAUCGGAGACAUCAUCAAGAGGUUCGAGAUGAAAGGCUUCAAACUUGUUGGCCUGAAGAUGCUCCACGCCUCUGAGGACCUCCUGAAGCAGCACUACAUCGACCUGAAGGACAGACCGUUCUUUCCCACCCUCAUGAAGUACAUGAGCUCUGGUCCAGUGGUUGCCAUGGUGUGGGAAGGCAAGGGUGUGGUGAAGACAGGCAGGGUGAUGCUGGGUGAGACCAACCCCGCUGAGUCCAAACCCGGAACCAUCCGAGGAGACUUCUGCAUUGACGUCAGCAAGAACAUCAUCCACGGCAGUGACUCAGUGGAGAGUGCCACCAAGGAGAUCUCCCUGUGGUUCACACAAGAGGAGCUGGUCAGCUACAGCAGCUGUGCCUUCAGCUGGCUCUACUGAGCUCACCUGCCGCAGACCUCACACUCUGGUUGGAAACCAGUGAAACUUUUGCCUCAGAUUUCCUGUUUUCACCUGUAGCCUGCCUACACAUCAUCAUACUGUACACGGAUCUGCUCACUGCAGAGGUCCGUGUCUAGUCCGGAUCCAUUCCCAAGCUCCAUUCCCUUUUAGAAACAUUCCAUUUCAUUCCAUGAAUAUUCAGUUAUUUACAUGAACUUGUCUUUGACUGUCAGUUUUGUUAAAGGUGAUCUGCUUUCCAAUAAAAUGCUCACAAUACCAA